CAAAAAAUAUCCCUUUUUUCUUCCCCUUUUUCUCUAUAUCAUUUUAAUUUUUUUUCAAGAUUCAAAACCUCUUUCAAGAAAAAAUGAACAACACAAUAGGGGAUGAAAUUGAAAGUCAAGAUCACUUAGGUGAAAAAACCUUUGAAAAUUAUAGCUAUGGCAUAGGAUUUUCCCUAUUAAUACUUGUUAUACUUAUAGUCAUCACCUAUUCUUCGUACUUAUAUAUUGGAAAAAGAUCGAGUACCAACAAUUCCUCUUCACAUAAUAUUGCCAACAACUCCAUGACCAAUACAAGCAUAGUUGAAAAUGAAUUGAUUUUCAUUCAACAAGGCCUUGAUGAAGCUACUUUGAGGAAUUAUCCAAAAUUACUUUAUUCACAAGCCAAGGCUCACAACAAAAGGGACUUUGUAAUUUCUUCUGGAUGUUCAAUUUGUUUGGUUGAUUAUAAAGACAAUGAUAAACUUAGGCUUUUGCCUGAUUGUGACCAUAUUUUUCAUGUCAAGUGUAUUGACCCAUGGCUUAGGCUUCACCCUACUUGCCCAAAUUGUAGAAGUUCUCCUUUUCCAUCUCCUUUGCCUACUCCUUUGGCUGAGGUGGUUCCAUUGGCAACAAGGCAAAGUUGACGAGUCGGGAAAAACUUUAUCCGCACCUCAUGUUCUACUAUGUUGUUUUUGACUCUUCAAAAAUCUCGUUAGUUGUGUGUUAAAUGGCGAUAUACGAGUGCGGUAACAUUUUGGAGGGUCGUCCAAGCAACAUAGAUGUUCUGCACGUGAACGUUUAUUAUUUACCCAUGCUAAUAUUUGUUCUCGUCUCAUGUUAUCAUACGAUCAUUGUAUGAUGUAAACACCGGGUGAGGGUAAGUAUUGUCCAAGCUGAGUCCACUACUAUUUAUUUUUCUUUUUUCUUCUUACAAGUCCAUUAACAUAUAUGGUUCUUUGUCUUGUGUUUUUUCUUUUUGAUCAUUUUUCUAUUCUUUUUCUUGCAUAUGUAAAUGAUCCGCAUAUAUUAUUGUACAUGUUAGGUUACUUAAUUUGUAUAUCAUUGAAGUCCUACAAAAGGGAGUUUUGCACAAUUCUAAUAUUUCCUGUUCUUCAAUUUGCUUUCUUGUACAUGGGAUCAUUUGUGUAAAAUUUUAUUUCAAGCAGGCACAAUAUCGCAGAAUAUUUAUCCAAACUCAAUGCUUACACCAUACGAAUGGAUGCAUUAUAUUUGUCUUUAUAUAAAGUUACGCAAAUGGAUCAUGUGUUUUGCCAAUUGC